AUGCCUUCGCCAAAGCCCAGGUCAAGUCCUUCGGCUGAUCAGCGAGAGCGCCUAACGUUGGCCAAAUUGGCAAGUUAUGACGAUAUUGCAACAGACGCUCUCAUUGAUCGAGCCUUCUUUUGGACUACAAUUCGUAAGAACCGGACCAAAUUCGCCCCGGCCAGAGGCAUACAUGAAGAUGACAUUGCCAGCGUGCUUCUACGUAAGGUUAUCAUUGACAAGGACCCCCGCGCCGCCGAGAAAGAAUUCCUCUCAAUGUCUGGGUUGAAUAAAUAUCUGCAGCGCCUACCCAAUGACCGCGAACGCGAGUGGUUCAAGCGUCACCUCCGCAAGUACAUUAAUAUUUAUCUUCCAGAGUGUCCCUUCGAAAUAUCUACUACGAAUCGGUACACCAUUACGGAACAAGAAGCCACUGUCGUUGCACGAAGGGAUAUUAAAAGAGGACAAGAGAUUAAAUACCUGUGCGGAACUCUCGUUUCCAUGACUCGUCAAGAAGAACUUGACUUGGACCUCAAUCGCAAAGAUUUCAGUAUUGUGAUGUCGAGCCGAAGGAAAAGUCCAUCCUUGUUUCUGGGACCCGCCCGCUUUGCUAAUCACGACUGCGACGCAAAUGGUCGGCUGGCGACAAGAGGAUCUGACGGUAUGCAAGUUGUUGCCGUUCGCGACAUUGACGCAGGCGAGGAGAUCACUGUUUCAUACGGCGAAGACUACUUUGGUAUUGAUAAUUGCGAAUGUCUGUGUGAGAGUUGUGAGCGCGCGAUUCGUAACGGCUGGUCACUAUCAAUAUCCGCACCAGGAAGCCAAACUUCGACACCUGUACGGGAUGAAGGAGAACUUGCAACACUGCGUUCUAGCCAAUCUUCACAAUCACGGAAACGAAAGGCUGAAACAGAUUUUGACUCUGAUUCAUCUACUUGCUCGACCCCUCGCGAUUUAAGGCUGCGAAACGAGAUGUCCCUGGCGGAAACAACAAUUACGACUUCUUCGAAGAAACGAAAAUUCGAUGGAUAUGGUGACAACCCAAGUCCUACUACGCCUGGCAAACGUGGCCGGUUUGAACGGCAGUUGUCUAAGCUCAGAGACGAGAUUUUACUGCCCGAAAUACCCGAGCCCGUCAAAACGCCGUCCUUUUUGGCCCAGGUAGAUGAGAAUUUAUCUAAUUUAGAACAUAGAGGGCAUCAACCAGGGAGUCAGAAUACAAAUUCAUAUGUGGAAAACGGUACAAACAUUGUCACCGAUCAGGAUUCACCUCGGUCUUCGUCAGAUGAGAGUCAACAGUCCGAAUCUACAGCUGCGACAUCAAUAUCUGACGUUGACCGCAUCGUCAAGCUUGAAUCUGUUGGGAGUGAUAUUGAAAUACCACCCCUUGUUACCCGAGCCCAGAAAUCUCCAGACACCGACAAAACGAGCCAUUCAAAUAACCAGAGCAACAAAGCCUUGAAUCUGUCAAAAAUCGCCGACACGAAGGCUGACUCCAAACAAACAGUCGGCAGCAAAUCACCGCUGCCUUCUGUCGAGGACGAAAUCUUGACUCCGGGCAUUCGGUCCCCAGGCGACUAUACCAAAACCGCGAAACUCCUCGCGCAGCGUUACGACCGGUGGGUUGACUGCCAAACCUGUCCAUGCUGGUUCUUGCAACAAAACGCCUAUCAGACACGCAAGGAAUGUCCACGAUGCGAGCGCCAUUCCAAGCUUUACGGUUUCCGCUGGCCAAAAACUGACCCUGAAGGUUCUAGUGACGACGAAGAGCGUGUGAUGGAUCAUCGAACUGUUCAUCGAUUCCUGAGCACCGAAGAAGAGUUAAAAGUUGACCGUAAAACAAGGGGCAUCAGCUUCGGGGUUACUCCCACUCCUGAACCGUCGUCGGAUGCCCGAAGCGAAACGGAAUUCAGUGAUACCGAGGCACGCCGCCGCACGCGCGCUAGUCGUCGGUAUUUGAACUCUCUCCGUCUGGUCAAAUAA